CACACAAAAUCUGCCGUAGAGUUGCGCUGCUUGUGCUUAUUUUUAUUUUAAUUAUUUUUCGGUCGGAAGUCAUGUACAAAAAUGCACUGAAAGGUGGUAUUCGCACAGCUAAGCAGGCUUGGAAGUUAAAAAACGAACUGGGAAAACUCAAUUUGGACUUAGCCAAGGCAAAUUCCGAUUUCGAGCAGCAUUUGUGUGAAGCAACCAGGUACAUCCAGAGUUGCUUCUUUCCCGCCACCCACAAACCUUUGUUGCUACUAAAAACACCAGGCGAUAACAACAGCUCCUCCACUGUCGUUGCUAACCAUUGUUGGACUACUCCAGUUAACCUCCCGGUGCAGCCAAACUUUAGAAGGAUCGCAGAUAAGACCCUCUCAAUAAACACAAUUUUCCGAGCAGAAAGCGGACACCUCAACGCGCUAAUCUCGUCGAAGCAGUUUGUGAAGGUGCAGAAGCAGUUCUACAGGGAUUACUCUUGUGUUUCACUUGGAGCACCUCUGAAAAGCAGCGAAGCCCCCUUACUGGGAGACCUUUGCAGUCAAUACCGCGCCAUCCUAGCUCACACAUCGGCGGACGUUGUUCCCGGUCAGGAUCGUCAUCAUCAAGGGUGUAAUUACCAUCAGGUUAGGCGAGCACACCAGCAAUCGCAGUUAGUAAGCAAGGAGGAACAACUGGAGCAGGAGCGCAAGAUGGCCCAGAAGGCGAAAUUCGAAAGACUGCCCACUAAUGUGGUGCCACGACACUACGAGCUCCAGCUGCAACCGAACCUCCAGGAGUUCACCUUUAAGGGCAAGACCAUAGUGCAAGUGAAUGUCAAGGAGCCCACUACCCAAAUAACCCUAAAUGCCCUGGACAUUGUCAUUGAUUCGGUGGAGCUUAACUAUGAGUGCACCAAGUUGAAGCCGGAGAAGAUUUUGUAUUCCACGGAAAACGAGACCGCCACGCUGGAGUUUGCCCAGGAGAUCCCGGCCGAGACUCAAGGAGUCCUCCACAUGUCCUUUACGGGGGAGUUGAAUGACAAAAUGAAGGGCUUUUACAGGAGCAAGUACUUCGGGCCCAACGGCGAAGAGCGAUACGCAGGAGUCACCCAGUUUGAGGCCACCGAUGCCAGGCGCUGCUUCCCCUGCUGGGACGAGCCGGCCAUCAAGGCGACCUUCGACAUUACGCUGGUGGUGCCAAAGGAUCGAGUGGCGUUGUCUAAUAUGCCGGUCUUAAAGGAAGAUUCCCUGUCAGACGGACUCCGGCGAGUGCGUUUUGACCGUACACCUAUCAUGUCCACUUAUCUGGUGGCCGUUGUUGUUGGCGAAUACGAUUAUGUGGAGGGCAAGUCCGACGAUGGCGUUCUAGUCAGGGUUUUCACACCUGUUGGCAAACGAGAGCAGGGCACUUUUGCUCUGGAGGUGGCCACCAAGGUGCUACCUUACUACAAGGACUACUUCAAUAUCGCCUAUCCACUACCCAAGAUGGAUCUCAUCGCCAUCUCCGACUUUUCUGCCGGCGCCAUGGAGAACUGGGGACUGGUCACCUACCGCGAGACCUUCGUCCUGGUGGAUCCCAAGAACACCUCGCUGAUGCGCAAGCAGUCAAUUGCCCUGACAGUGGGUCACGAGAUUGCCCAUCAGUGGUUCGGCAAUCUGGUAACCAUGGAAUGGUGGACCCAUCUGUGGUUGAACGAAGGCUACGCCUCUUUUGUGGAGUUCCUGUGCGUGCACCACUUGUUCCCUGAGUAUGACAUCUGGACGCAGUUUGUCACAGACAUGUACACACGUGCUCUGGAGCUGGAUUCUCUUAAAAAUUCGCAUCCCAUUGAGGUGCCAGUGGGUCACCCAUCUGAAAUCGACGAGAUCUUUGACGAAAUCAGCUACAAUAAGGGUGCCUCAGUGAUUCGCAUGCUUCACGACUACAUUGGAGAGGAUGACUUCAGAAAGGGAAUGAAUCUGUAUCUCACUCGCCAUCAGUAUGGAAACACGUGCACCGAGGAUUUGUGGGCAGCUCUGCAGGAAGCCAGCUCAAAGAACGUUGGUGAGGUUAUGACUUCUUGGACUCAGCACAAGGGCUUCCCGGUGAUCAGCGUAGAAUCGGAGCAGACUGGAAAAAAUCAACGCCUACUUCGCUUGAAGCAGUGCAAGUUUACUGCGGAUGGAUCUCAGGCGGAUGAGAACUGCUUAUGGGUGGUGCCCAUUUCGGUGUCCACCUCGAAGAAUCCCACAGGAAUUGCCAAAACCUUCUUGCUUGACAAAACCUCCAUGGAGGUAACCCUUGAUAAUGUCGAAGAAGGCGAUUGGAUCAAGAUCAACCCCGGAACUGUGGGCUACUACCGUACCCGCUACUCGAAAGAUAUGUUAGAAAAGCUGAUGCCCGCGGUUGAGAAGGUGGAGUUGCCGCCGCUGGAUCGCCUGGGAUUAAUCGAUGAUAUGUUUGCCAUGGUGCAGGCGGGUCACGCAAGUACUGCCGAGGUUCUGGCUCUGGUAGAUUCGUACAGGAACGAAACCAACUAUACUGUAUGGACUGCGAUAACCAACUCGCUUACCAAUCUGCACAUCCUUAUUUCACAUACGGAUCUUAUGGAGGACUUCCAUCGCUUCGGAAGGAAUCUGUACGAGCCGGUAGCUUAUCGCCUGGGUUGGGAACCACGCGACGGGGAGAAUCAUCUGGACACUUUGCUCAGGAGCCUUGUGCUCACGCGCCUCGUCUCCUUCCGCAGUGAGGAGACCAUUGAAGAGGCUCAACAGCGGUUCCGCAGCCAUGUGAAUGGCACAAAUCCGCUGCCAGCCGAUCUACGCACUGCUUGCUACAAGGCAGUCCUCCAGGAUGGCGAUGAGAAGAUCUUUGAGGAAAUGCUCGAGCUGUACAGAGCGACUGAUUUGCACGAGGAACAGGACCGCAUCUCGCGAGCCCUGGGAUGCUGCGGGGAUACUAAGCUGUUGCGCCGGGUCAUUGACUUUGCCAUGUCGGGUGAAGUGAGAGCUCAAGACUCUGUAUUUGUAAUUGUUGCCGUGGCCAUCAAUCCCAAGGGUCGUGACAUGGCUUGGGACUUUUUCAAGGAGAACAACAAACUGCUUCUGGAACGCUAUCAGGGUGGCUUCUUGCUCUCCCGACUGAUCAAGUAUCUCAUCGAGAAUUUCGCUUCCGAGGAGCGAGCCAAGGAGGUAGAGGAGUUUUUCCAGGUCAACCAGAUUCCCGGCUGCGAGCGUACUGUAUCCCAGGCAGUGGAGACGAUCCGCCUAAACGCCGCCUGGCUGCGUCGGGACCGCAAGCAGCUGGCAUCGUUCCUGAGGGAUGAAGAUUAAACCCAAUUGCGUCCUUCAGCAUACCAAAGCAUUUAAUAAGAAUCACCAGCAGUGUAACCACAGCAACAGAAGCACCAUAAACAGCACCAGUAACCCGUAACCAGGUCAUCGUAAACUACAACUAAUAUAACACCAUACGACCAAAGCCGUCACAAAUAAAGUAAAUGCAAGCUAGCCCCAAGAAGAGAGAGCCAAAAAGGUUAGCUUUAGCCAAGAAACCACCUAUAGCCACUGCUCCAAACGGGAGUAUACACAUAUAUCUAUUGACUACUCGCCCUAUAACAAGGGCUAAUUUGGACGCAAACCCCUAGCAGCAUUUAAGACCCCUAAGCUUAUUGAAUGUGUAUUUCCAUUCACCUUUUUAUCCCCUGGAAAUUAUGUACGUGUUGAGUUUAUUACGAUAAAUAAAUGCAAUUUCUAGUAAGAGUCAA